AGAAAGUUGGUAUAUUGACAGAGCAUGUGCGACCUAAGCCAUCUUCACAGUAUAAAUUAUCAAUUUCGUUGGGCUUUUUGUAAGCCCAAAUAUAACUUUUCUAAAUCUAAAUGAUCAAAGCCUCUUUGAACUUUUUUCCUUAGUCGUCUUCUACGUAGACUAUCGGAUUUCUGCGCUUUUUUCUCCACCAUGAGCUCCUUCAACAAUGGACUGCAACAAUCUUCAGUCCUUUCUCCUUCUAAAACCCUAAUCUGUUAAAUUUCAAAUCGUUUUUUCUCCUUCUAAAACAUAAAUCGGCCUCUCUCCUCGGAUCCAAACCCUUGACGUCUCCGUCUCGCUGAUCUUUUUGCUAGAUUCAAGCUUCGAAGCGGUUGUUUUUGAUGAUUUUUGUGUGUGUGUGUAGUGAUUUAUAGGUGGGGAUAGAAUUGAAUUGUAAGGUUUUUUUUUUUUGAUGAUUUUUGUGUGUGUAGUUUUAAUUCAAAGCCCUUUUUAAUCAUCUUCUCCGUCUCCAAAAAGAAAUCAGAACCAAGAAACAUCUCUCUGAGGGAGCUUGGCCUUUGUUGGACGAUAUACUUGAAAUUCCACCGUUUGGUUUCCUUGAUAUAUCUUGCUGCAGAAAGUUAUAUCAUCAUUAACUGACCUAUAAAACCUUCAAAGUGGUAAAUUUACAUGUGUUAUGUCUUAACACACUUUUUGUGUUGCUCUUUUCCUCUUUGAUGCCAAGAUAGAUGGACACAUCGUCAAGAAUUUCAAAGAUGCGGAAUCAUGAGCGUGAGAGGCUUCGUGGUCCUCCUUGGUUAAAAACAGUGCAAGCGGCACUUCUUAGCUGCUCAUAUGCAGUGCUUGACUACGCCCAAACCGGUCUGAUUGCAGCAGUUUUUAUCUUUAAAAUGAUGGAAUGGUGGUAUCAAUCAGCUGAAGAGAGAUUAUCUGCUCCAACAGUGUACCCUCCACGGACUCCUCCAGCCCCAACGAUGGCCAAAGAAGGAAUCCCUCUACCUCCCAACAGAUCCCUCUGCGCGCUGUGCUUGCAAAAACGUGCAAAUCCAUCAGUUGUCACGGUCUCUGGAUUUGUUUUCUGCUACUCAUGUGUAUUUAAGUAUGUUACAAAGUACAAGCGAUGUCCGGUGACAUUGAUACCGGCCAGCGUGGAUCAGAUUAGGAGGCUGUUUCAUGACACUUAGGACCCAUCUAUUUAAUGGUUUUAAGCCAAAUUGUGAGAGUCUGAGCCGGAAGAGUUAUAAAUUGCCAAAUAUAUUUAUGGAUAAGCUUUCAUGUAGAGCUCAUCAAGUUUGGGAUCAAGUGCUUGAUAGAAGCUCUUCUCGACACAUUGAGUUCAGUUUUGCUUUUGUCAUGUCUGCGUAGUCUUAACAUUUGCUGUUUGUUUUGUCUAAACCUAGGAAGAUAGAAGUGCUUUCGGACAUUGAGUUCUUUUUUGAGUUCUUAUUCUAUAUAUAGAAGCAUUUUGAUACACAAUGAGUUUCAUUUAUGUUUAUAGAGUUUCAUGUCUGUCUUCCAGUCGGUUCUCAUAUGAUCCAUAUAAUUGUUUCAUCUGGUUAUUGAGAUGAAGUAGAACUAACGUUUCUACAGCGGCCGGUGUUUACAAGAAGCAAAUCGGAGCCGGCGAGUAUCGGGCGAGAAGAAUGUGGUGUUGCUUCCAAAUAAAGAAGAGGGUAAAGUUUAGUUCUCUCUCACGUGAUUGACUUUUUAGUCAAUUUCACAAAUUAAAAAUAAUGGUCUUUAACCGUCAUUGUUAGUUUGUUACUUAAAUUGACUGUGUUUAGAAGAUAUAAAGGCAAAAAAAAUUGUAAUUGUAUAGUAAGAUUUGUAAUCCAACCACACAAAUAAGUUGUAUGUAUAUUUUGGCAUUAAAAACAAAAAUAUUUGACAAACAA